AUGUCCGGAGGACUAGAAGUACUCUCCGUCAAGGAGGAAGAUAUGUUGAAGCUCCUCGCUGCCGGAGCUCACCUUGGAUCCACGAAUGUUGACCAUCAAAUGCACCAAUAUGUCUUCAAGCGCAAGCCUGAUGGCAUUUUCAUCAUCAAUCUUAAGAAGACCUGGGAGAAGCUGUUGCUUGCGGCUCGUGCUAUCGUAGCCAUUGAGAACCCAGCUGAUAUCUGCGUCAUUUCUGCUCGUCCCUACGGACAGAGGGCUGUCCUGAAGUUUGCAUCUUCAACUGGCUCCACCCCCAUCGCUGGACGAUUCACCCCUGGAACAUUCACUAACCAGAUCCAG